CGAACUCCAUCCGUCAGAGCUCACAAACAACCAUGUAUCUGCUCGCUCUGAUCCUUGGGAGUGUGCUUCUCCCCGAAGCCUAUACAUUGAGAUGUUUUGAGUGCAUGCCUUCUGGAAAUACAGGAAGCUGUAAACCCAAAGAACAAAUCUGCACCAGUCCCGAUAUGUGCGGAGCAUUGAGGAUCACUCAGUACCAGGGGGAGUUUGAACUCCUAGAUAUCAGUAAGAAGUCUUGUUUCUCGCCUGAUAAGUGUGAAAAGGGCUCAGUCAGCUACGGAUGGGGCAGGGCUGUAAUCAACUCAACAUGUUGCUCCACUGACCGCUGCAACAAUAACAAUGCCCCAAAGCCCGGUGUGCUUUCUGCUAAUGGGAAAAAGUGCUACGUAUACAAUGACCAAAACAUCACUGACAUUCUUAGCUGUGUGGGGAAUGAAGAUUGCUGCGUCUCAGCAACAGUGAUGACGGAAGGCAGAAAGAUUUCUGUGAAGGGCUGUGCCUCCAGGUCCAUGUGUUCUGGUAGUGGUUCAGCACAGAUGACAGGAGUCCUAAGUGACAUUCGCUGCUGCCAAGCUGACCUGUGCAACAGCGCAGGAGGCGUUGGUGUGAGCCUUCUGCUCCUGGUGGCACCAAUGGUCUGUUUUACUCUGUUGUCUUGACUGAAGCACAAUUGUCUCACUCACCCACCUCCUCCUCUUUCUUAAGGGUUUCAGCCAACAUUGUUUUUGCUGUUGCUUUAUCAUAGCUUUGUGCUACUCAGUAAAAUUAAACAUUUCAUAAAAUUAGGUCCAUUUUGAUAAGAUUGAAAGUACACUCACCAAUGAAAAAUGAGUAGAAAACUUUGGGCUUUCAUGCUGCCCUCUCCUGGGGCCUCGUGUCUCAGUCGUUACUGUGAGCAAAUUUGUUCUUACACACCCAUGGAUUUUUUAGCCCUCAAAGUUGUCUGACAGACAAUAGCAAAUCGUGAUGGUUACUUGUAAUUCCUUCCUCCUAACGUCUGUUGUCUACCUCUUGCAACGAGCAAUCACCCAGGCCUGCAAAGACAUCAGUGUUAGCCAAUCGGUGUCUAAAUUCAGGGGUUACCCCGGUUCUGCACUAGUCUCUGAGACAAACUUCAGGGCUAAAAAAUCCCAUGGGUGUGUAAGACCAAAUUUGCCCAUAGUAACUAUUGAUAUAUGAGGCCGCUGCUCUUUUGCAGCUUGCGUAUUACUUUUCACACUGAGUAAAAUCAAGAUUUUCUUACAGCAUUUGUAGCAAUAGCCCCUUUAACUACUGGUAUUCUGCAUCUGAGUCUCAGAUUGUGCUUUUCUAGUCUGAGGACUGAAUUAGUUAAGUUCUCAGUUCUCCGUUUAAACAACUGGAAUCGUUUACAGUCAAGAUAUCGCUUGUACAAGAGAAUGUUGUUAGACCCCUCUGAAGUCUGAUUUUUCCAUACAUGUGAAGGGAAUACAUGCAUAGUCCUUUGGAACAAACGUUAACACUCCGUGUUGUUUAGAAUUUUCCCGUGUUUCCAAAAUAUGAAAUGCAAAUGUUAUGUCAAAGAACUUGAGAUACAGAUGACUCCAAAUUGAAAAGAUGGAGGUCUAGCUGCCUGGCAGAGUUUCCAAAAUGGCGCCCAGUGAACUGGCUUCGUUGAAGCGGCUUGAUGAGGAGGCUCCAUCAGCAUCAGUGUUUGUUUGUUUGUUUUUGUUUUUUUGUAUUGUAUGGAGACUCAAUUUGCUCAGUAGCGCUACUAGUGGCCAAAAAACUCCGCUGCUCAAUUUUAAAGUCAAGUAAAGUCAAGUCAAUUUUACUUGUAUAGCCCAAAAUCACAAAUUACAGAUUUGCCCAAAUAAUGUUUAUUGUAUUUGGUAAAGACACGAUGAAAGAAAGUAAUCAAUGUAUAUGAUAAACAAAAGCAAAUAAACUGAUUUAAU